UUUAUCCGAUAUGCUAUGUCAAUUUUUUGUCUCAAUUUGUUGCAGUUGUUGGAAGUUGUACAGAUCAACACAACUGUGUACAAUUAUCAACAUCAGGAGGCUAUUCAUGAAAAACCAGCAUCAUGCAAUUGCUCAGGAGAAGUGAGGAGACUAUGGGAACAGUUAUCGAAUAAAAAAUCAACCACAGAAUCAGUGCAACAAGUUCAAACAACCCAAAAGCCAGUUACAACUUUGCCAAAAAAGAAUACCCCAGUAGUUAACAGUACAGAAGCAAGCAUUUCUAAUGACAAGGAAACUGCUGAACACCAGAGUCUUACUGAAGCUGACAGCUUAGCAGCAGAAACUGAUAAAGACAUCGAACAAGAUGAACUUGAUGCCGAAAAUGUGAAACCCUCUCCUUCACCAGGAAGUAAUUCCAGCGACUCUUUGUUACAUGUAACUGUUGAUAAGGUUACAGAACCUUCUGUAACAGCAUCACCAUCAUCUGGACAUGUCAACUCCACACAACAUUCCACACAAGCAUCAAAUACAACUGCAUCUCCUCAGGUCACCCUCAUCAACUCCACAGAAAACAAUCAAAGUUAGUUAUCUAGCAUUUUGUUUUCACAAUUUUACUUUUGUUUACCUUUUGUUUUGUUUCAUUUGUCACAAUUUGCUUUCAGCAUAAUUUCAUGUAAAUUAUUCAGUAACUGUUGAUUAGGGGUGUAACGAUUCAUAUUCCUUACAAU